AGCGCUGGAACCUAGGGCUUUCGGAGAAGAAUCUCUUUUCGGGGACCAGGGCUCUGGAGCUCCGAGUCCCCUCCCCAACCUCCCCCGCCUCCCUUGCUUGCUCGCUGCUCCCUCCCUGCUCGCUGCCUCCCCCACCUUCGCUGCGCUGGGAGGAAGGCGGCCAGGGCUCAAGAUGGCUUUAGCCGGGCUGUGCGCCCUGUUCGCCUGCUGCUGGGGCCCGGCUGCGGUGCUGGCUACAGCUGCCGGCGACGUGGAUCCAUCCAAGGAGCUGGAGUGCAAGCUCAAGAGCAUCACUGUGUCGGCACUGCCCUUCCUGCGCGAGAACGACCUGAGCAUCAUGCACAGUCCCUCGGCCUCCGAACCCAAGCUCCUCUUCUCUGUGCGCAAUGACUUCCCAGGAGAAAUGGUCGUGGUGGACGACCUAGAGAACACGGAGCUACCCUACUUCGUGCUGGAGAUCUCAGGGAAUACAGAGGACAUCCCCCUGGUGCGCUGGAGGCAGCAAUGGCUGGAGAAUGGUACUUUACUUUUUCACAUCCAUCACCAAGAUGGUGCUCCAAGUCUCCCUGGGCAAGACCCAACUGAAGAACCCCAACAUGAGUCGGCAGAAGAGGAACUGAGGAUCCUCCACAUCUCAGUCAUGGGUGGCAUGAUUGCAUUGCUGCUAUCCAUCUUGUGCCUGGUGAUGAUCCUGUACACACGCAGGCGCUGGUGCAAACGUCGUCGGGUUCCCCAGCCCCAGAAGAGUGCCAGCGCCGAGGCAGCCAAUGAGAUUCACUACAUCCCAUCUGUGCUGAUUGGAGGCCACGGGCGGGAGAGCUUGCGCAAUGCCCGUGUGCAGGGCCACAACUCCAGUGGCACCCUGAGCAUCCGGGAGACACCCAUCCUGGAUGGCUAUGAGUAUGACAUCACAGACCUGCGUCACCACCUGCAGAGAGAGUGCAUGAACGGAGGGGAGGACUUUGCCAGUCAGGUCACACGCACCUUGGACUCCCUACAGGGCUGCAAUGAGAAGUCUGGGAUGGAUCUCACACCAGGGAGCGACAAUGCCAAACUUUCCCUGAUGAACAAAUACAAAGAUAAUAUCAUAGCUACAAGCCCAGUGGAUUCCAACCACCAACAAGCCACUCUGCUCUCCCACACCUCCAGCAGCCAGAGAAAGAGGAUCAACAACAAAGCAAGAGCUGGUUCCGCCUUCUUGAACCCUGAAGGGGACUCUGGCACGGAGGCAGAAAAUGAUCCACAGCUAACCUUUUAUACGGACCCCUCGCGGAGCCGAAGGCGUAGUCGAGUGGGCUCUCCUCGAAGUCCUGUGAAUAAGACCACCCUGACGCUGAUCAGCAUCACCAGCUGUGUGAUCGGGCUCGUGUGCUCCUCUCAUGUCAGCUGCCCUCUUGUUGUCAAAAUCACCCUGCAUGUCCCCGAACACCUGAUUGCCGAUGGGAGCCGCUUCAUCCUGCUGGAGGGGAGCCAGCUGGAUGCCAGUGACUGGCUGAACCCUGCCCAAGUGGUUCUCUUCUCUCAGCAGAACUCCAGUGGGCCCUGGGCCAUGGACCUCUGUGCUCGGCGGCUCCUGGACCCUUGUGAACACCAAUGUGACCCCGAAACUGGUAGGCGGGAGCACCGGGCAGCGGGGGAAUGUCUGUGCUACGAAGGCUACAUGAAGGAUCCUGUCCACAAGCACCUUUGCAUUCGGAAUGAAUGGGGGACAAACCAGGGGCCUUGGCCUUACACAAUCUUCCAGCGAGGCUUUGACCUGGUUUUGGGAGAACAGCCUUCUGACAAAAUAUUCAGAUUUACCUACACCCUCGGAGAAGGCAUGUGGCUGCCCCUCAGUAAGAGCUUCGUGAUUCCACCAGCUGAGCUGGCCAUCAAUCCAUCAGCAAAGUGUAAGACCGACAUGACUGUGAUGGAAGAUGCAGUGGAGGUCAGAGAGGAGCUGAUGACAUCAUCAUCCUUUGACAGCCUGGAGGUCCUCUUAGACUCCUUUGGGCCAGUGCGAGAUUGCAGCAAAGAUAAUGGAGGCUGCAGUAAGAAUUUCCGCUGCAUUUCGGAUCGAAAGUUGGACUCUACUGGUUGUGUGUGUCCUUCAGGACUCAGCCCGAUGAAGGACAGCUCAGGCUGCUAUGAUCGCCACAUAGGGGUGGAUUGCUCAGAUGGUUUCAACGGCGGCUGCGAACAGCUGUGUCUCCAGCAGAUGGCGCCGUUCCCGGACGACCCCACCUUGUACAACAUCCUCAUGUUCUGCGGGUGUAUCGAAGACUACAAGCUUGGUGUGGAUGGACGAUCUUGCCAGCUUGUCACAGAGACCUGCCCAGAGGGUGGUGACUGUGGGGAGAGCAGAGAGGUGCCCAUGAACCAGACUCUCUUUGGGGAAAUGUUCUUUGGCUACAACAACCAGUCCAAGGAAGUAGCCACUGGACAGGUGCUAAAAGGAACGUUCAGACAAAGCAACUUUGCUCGUGGUUUAGACCAGCAGCUGCCAGAUGGUCUUGUGGUGGCCACUGUCCCACUGGAGAAUCAGUGUCUAGAGGAAAUCUCAGAGCCCACCCCUGACCCUGACUUCUUGACUGGCAUGGUGAACUUCAGUGAGGUGUCUGGGUACCCGGUGCUGCAGCACUGGAAGGUCCGCUCUGUGAUGUACCACAUCAAACUCAACCAAGCGGCUGUCUCUCAGGCCUUCAGCAAUGCUCUCCAUUCCUUGGAUGGGGCUACAUCUCGCGCAGAUUUUGUGGCCUUGUUGGAUCAGUUUGGGAACCAUUACAUCCAGGAAGCUGUCUACGGCUUUGAGGAAUCCUGUUCUAUAUGGUACCCAAACAAACAAGUCCAGCGGCGACUUUGGCUGGAAUAUGAAGACAUCAGUAAAGGCAACUCCCCAUCUGAUGAGUCGGAGGAGCGGGAAAGAGACCCCAAGAUGCUGACAUUCCCAGAAUACAUCGCUAGCCUGUCAGACUCUGGCACCAAGCGUAUGGCGGCUGGAGUCCGAAUGGAGUGCCAGAGCAAGGGGCGAUGUCCCUCAUCUUGUCCUCUGUGUCAUGUGACGUCCAACCCUGAAACCCCUGCUGAGCCAGUUCUGCUGGAAGUGACCAGAGCGUCUCCCAUCUAUGAACUGGUGACCAAUAACCAGACCCAGAGGCUCUUACAGGAGGCCACCAUGAGCUCUCUCUGGUGUUCAGGGACUGGCGAUGUCAUUGAGGACUGGUGUCGAUGUGAUUCAACUGCUUUUGGAGCGGAUGGACUUCCUACCUGUGCGCCCCUCCCACAGCCCGUGCUGAGACUUUCCACGGUACACGAACCCAGCAGCACCCUUGUAGUACUGGAGUGGGAACAUUCAGAGCCACCAAUUGGAGUGCAGAUCGUAGACUACCUGAUCAGGCAAGAGAAAGUCACUGACCGGAUGGACCACUCCAAAGUAGAGACAGAAACAGUACUGAGCUUUGUAGAUGAUAUCAUCUCUGGAGCAAAGGCCCCAUGUGCCAUGCCAUCUCAGGUGCCAGACAAGCAGCUCACCACAAUUUCUCUCAUCAUCCGAUGCCUGGAACCUGAUACCAUCUACAUGUUCACCCUCUGGGGAGUAGACAACACAGGGCGACGCUCCAGGCCGAGUGAUGUGAUUGUGAAGACCCCAUGUCCUGUGGUGGAUGAUGUCAAAGCUCAAGAAAUAGCAGACAAGAUCUACAAUCUCUUCAAUGGCUACACCAGCGGGAAGGAGCAGCAGACUGCCUACAACACCCUUCUGGAUCUGGGUUCCCCCACAUUGCAUCGAGUCCUCUACCACUAUAAUCAACACUAUGAAAGUUUUGGGGAGUUCACCUGGCGGUGUGAAGAUGAAUUAGGACCCAGGAAAGCGGGUCUCAUCCUUUCCCAGCUUGGAGAUCUGAGCAGCUGGUGCAAUGGACUCCUUCAGGAGCCCAAGAUAAGCUUGAGGCGUGGUUCGCUCAAAUACCUGGGCUGCCGAUACAGUGAGAUCAAGCCCUACGGACUGGACUGGUCAGAGCUCAGCCGGGACCUCAGGAAGACAUGUGAGGAACAGACCUUGAGUGUCCCCUACAAUGACUAUGGAGACAGCAAAGACAUCUAGCACCACGGGACCAGGAAAUAGCUUCCAAAAUAAAGCAGGAGAGAAGAGGGAGACAUCAGGGUUGGUUUGUGGAUAUCUAGACAUUUUUUUUAAUGGAACAUCCAAAGCUCCACAGGUACCUUCUAAACCAGGAAGAGAAUGACCCUUGCUCCCUGCAGGACUUGUCCAGUGUGAUAAUCUCCACCUGCAUGACCAGUCAACCCGUCAGCCAGUAGCUUCAUGCAGCACUGUUUUGUUUGUCUGUUUGUUUUUCUUUUCUUCGUCUUACAAGAUUAUCUUGAAACUCACUUUGACAUUCAUUUGAUUCAUUCAUUUUUUUUUUCCUUCAAGAAGUUUAUCAGGAUGCUCAAGAGCUCCAUCCUGCUUCCUACGAAAGGCCUAAGGUGCAGGGACUUCUGUUUAAUGGGUUCUGGGGACAGAAGUGAUUGCAUGAAGCUCCACUUGCCUCAUGCCCCAGCUCAGGCCUUUCUUAGGAAGCACUGAAAUGCUGGGAGCCAAGGCAUGCACCGAAGAAGAUGAUGAAGUGACCCAUGUCUUUUUCUCACAGGUUUUCUCCCAGGCUCUCCUGUUACGAUCUCCACACCUCACAGGUGAUUCUGUUAUAGGUCCAUUGGGCCUUAUAAAGUUAGGUCUUCCCUCCCCUGUGUUAAACCAGGACUACAAUUUCUGGUGGAUUUCUAUCCUUUUUCCUAGACAACAUGAACUUUGAGAAGCAGUGAGUCAUCACCUGUCAAAUGUAGCUCCAGAGAGGGGCUCCCUGCAAGACUACUUAGCAAGCCCCAUUGCAGGAAAUAAGUGGAGUUUGUUUUAAAAUAUUUGUACACUCCUAGACUACCAUCAGAGAUCUAAGAGCCUUGAUUCUGCUUGGACUGGCUCUCUUUACCUGGACAGAAAGAACUUAAUUGAUAGCUAAUCCAACCCAGGAAAGAGAGUGUUUCAACGAACUAAAGAUAUUAUCAAUCUCAACAGCGUUUCUGUCCAUACUCCCCUUACUAAAUUUUCUUAAUUAUAUUGUAAAUGUUGGCAGUCCUUUCUCUGAUGAAAGUCAGCAGAGUUCUGUCAUUGUCACUGCCUGCCCAUCCCCCGACUCUGCCAGUUACUGAAAAGCAGCAGAGCCUCUGGGUAGACCAGAACAUCUGGUGAUGGCACAUAAGGACUAGGGCUCCGUUUGCACUCACUGCCCAAGAAUGAUGUGGAGACCGAGCUAACGGGAAGGCUAGCCUUUCAGAAACAACCUCAUGGGACUAGGUUGACUAGCAAUGACCCAAUGUACAUUCAGCCAGGUUGACUUGGCUGGAACUCGUCAUGUGGAAACACAUGACACGGGUCUGGAAGACUCUAUGACUCAGUCGCUGAACCUUAUUCAUGUUUUCCAAUUAGAAAUAAUGACAGACAGCAUUGACUCUUUGCCAUGUGAUGCAUACUACUAUAAACGACUGAAUUCUGAAAGUUCUUUUUUUAUCUACCUUUUGGUGAGGGAUGAGAAAAACCAAGGCAGGGAGGUAAUUCAUCUUUCCCCAGGCCUCUCAUUCACUAUAUGCCCUGCAGGAUGAGCUCACUGUCUCUAGAGCACAGGAGUUUAACCACACUAUGUUGCCUAAAGCACACAACUAUUGAAGCUCUAAGCUCCACAGGGAACCUUCCCAGAGAACUUUACUUUUCUAAGGAACCAUGUAUAGAUGUUCCCCAGUGUAACAAAAAGACAAGGAGCCAAAGUACACCAACAGCUUUUAGAGUCAGGGCACAUUUGGUGCCUUCCGCACUGCCACACACUGGCUUCCCCAUGGAUGGGUAGGGAGAAGAUUAAAUUGCAGGCUGGUCUUAUUCCUCCUCUUGCUUCUUUCCAGAGAAAUACUGGAAAAACUUACCUUAUACUUUUUUGCCUCACAGAUUCCCUAACUUUUAGAACAAAACACAACUGAAACUUGGCUGUUUCCCCUGUGGUCAAUGUAGGGACUUCAGUAAAAGUGCAUCCAAAGGCAAGUUCUUCACCAUUGCCAGAGAAGAGGACGCUAUGGGCCAGUAUGGCAGGGCAUGUAGCAUCGCUUACUGAUGUUCUUUUUCCAUUUUUCUAUUCAACCUAUGAAGAAAAUGGUGUGUUGGUUUUGAGCAGGAGGAUAGUGAGGCUGCUGAUGCCUUCUAGUCUUGUUGGAGAUAGGACCUUGCAGGCUCAGGAGGGAAGACAGGGAAUGUUGUUAAAUCACUACUCUCUUAUGCACCCCUGCCCCAUUCUGAUUUUACUCCAGGCAUACUCUCUGCCACCUUUAUACCUUGUUCUCUGAAGCUAUCUCAUCUCCUACACAUAUCCUUUAUCAUCCACCUUGCCCUCCCUUCUCCUUGACUGCCUUAUUCAUUCAUUGUGCUCUUGGGUUCUCUUCUCUUCAGAUGUGUGUGCCUAUAUACACACCCUCAUUCCCAAGCUCUACACACACAACCCCUAUGACUGGUGCAAUGGACUUUUAUAUUAAAAAGUCCAACAUAAUUGGGUCAGGGGUAGUCUUGAGAUGGUUAUACAUGCGGCUGGAGGACUUUUACUCUCAGAGAGAUACAAAUCAAACCCUGCCAAUAAUUUUCAGUUCUUGCCUGAAGGAACUGUCUAGAAAGGCUAAUGCAAUUGAGCCAGUAUUAAACCUCAUUUCCAAACUGCCAAACAGGUCUUAAGGGAGCCACUUCAGUCCACCUAAACCCUUCCAGUUCUGUGUCCAGCUGAGACCUCCGUGUUUCAUCUUGAAUGUACACAAACUACUGUAUAGCAUCAGACCCUUAACUGAAUGUGCAAUUGUUUCUCUUGGAGUUUGGUCCAUUUGUUCUUUUUAAUUAACUGCACUCCUUGAUAGUCAAAUGUUAUAUUAAAAUUAAUUGUGAAAACACUCCACUACUGUAGAAGGAAGGGACAAUAUAAUAUGACCAACUUCAACUAUACCAGUGUUGUUUAAGAGAAUUAUUGUACAAUUAUGAGAAAUGAAGUAAUUGACUAAAUAAUAAAGAAAGCUGU